AUGUCUCAGGAGGACCGAGAGUUCUGGACCGGAUCCGUCCUCGACGCUCCGGCUCUGGCCCCUGGAUGCGCGCUGAGUGCCAAGCUCCCCUUUGCUGCAUUGCUGGAGACGUCGUCGUUUGACACGCGGCCACGGCGAAUGAAUCAGGUGGUCCUGGCCUUCCAGCUGCCAGAAGAAGUCGCAAAGGGCACUGCGCUUCGGGUGCACAUGCCUGUCGGCUAUGCGGUCAAUGCCGACUGUCUCGGAGACAUCGUCCCUGCAAACUUGCUGUCAGCCACCAACUACAGUCCUUUGGCCACACUGAGCCUCAUGGAGCCUUGA